AUGGCGCCUCGUGAAAACUCUCAUGAGCCCUCCGGGACGCCGGCACCAGUGGAAACAGGCUUUGCCACACUGGCACAGCUGAGGGUCGGUGUGAAAGCAUGGGUUGAAAAGGAUGGCGAGAAGCGUAAAGCUGAAAUACUGUCAAUACAAACACGCCAAGGCAGGCCAAAGUUCUAUGUUCAUUAUGAAGAGUUCAAUAAACGUCUAGACGAGUGGAUCGAGGCCGAGCGCAUCGAUCUCUCGCGUGAAGUCGAAUGGCCUGCGCCAGAAAAAGCAGACAAGAAGAAGGGCACUACCGUUAAGGUCGACAAAGCACCGUCCAAGUCUGAUCAGAAGAGUUUGAAGCGUUCACGUAGUAAGCUCGAUCGCGAAAUCUCAGGCACACCGGAGUCGACAUCUAGCAACUUGCCCGGGAAGGCACCAAAGCCCUCCAAAGCAGGCGGCAAGGAGAACCAAGAAUUAAUCGUCACUAGUGAAGUUACUGAAGGCACCCCAAAGCCGGAAGAUGAAGAGAUGGACCUGGUUGAUGUACAGGAUGCCGCCGCCGCCGCCAAGGCCAUGCCACCCCAGGACUAUUCAAGAGAAGACGAGAUUGAAAAGCUACGAACAUCCGGAUCCAUGACACAGAAUCAAACCGAGAUCUCAAGAGUGCGAAACCUGGAAAAGAUUCAAAUGGGGAAAUUCGAAGUCGAGCCGUGGUACUUCUCUCCCUACCCCAUCGACUUUGUCGAUUCGGACGUAGUCUACAUAUGCGAAUUCUGCCUCUCGUACUAUGGCGAAGUAACGCAGUUCGAGCGCCACCGCACAAAGUGUCACCUCCUCCACCCGCCUGGCAACGAGAUCUAUCGCGACGAUUACGUAUCCUUCUUUGAGAUUGAUGGACGGCGGCAGCGCACAUGGUGCCGCAACCUAUGUUUGCUCUCGAAGCUCUUCCUAGAUCACAAGACGCUCUAUUAUGACGUCGACCCCUUUCUGUUCUACUGCAUGUGCACACGCGAUGAACAUGGCUGUCAUUUUGUGGGCUAUUUCUCGAAAGAGAAGGAAUCUGCAGAAGGCUACAACGUUGCUUGUAUCUUAACGCUGCCCCAGUACCAACGGAAAGGCUUCGGAAAACUUCUCAUUGAUUUUUCGUACCUCCUCUCCAAGCGUGAGGGAAAGCUUGGCUCUCCGGAAAAGCCUUUGUCCGAUUUGGGUCUUCUCGGAUACCGUGCGUACUGGCAAGAAAUCCUCGUUGACAUUCUCAUGGAGCCCGGACGUACGGAAGCCAAUAUCGAGGACCUGGGAGCUGCAACAGCAAUGACCACGAACGAUGUGCUUCAUACUUUGCAAAACCUCAACAUGCUGCGGUAUAGCAAGAACCAGCACGUCGUCGUGCUCACGGACGCCGUCAUCGCACAACGCGAGCGGCAAAAAGCAAAGGAAAAGCUCCAAGGGAAGAGGAGCAUUGAUCCAGACCGAUUAAUUUGGAAGCCGCCUGUGUUCUCUGCUGCAAGCCGAACUUGGAACUGGUGA